AUGGUGGAGCUUGAACCUAUCCCCGGCCCUCCUGGCCUGCCCAUCGUUGGCAACAUCACAGACAUCGAUGCCACAAACCCCAUACAGUCUAUGUGUAAUCUGACACUGAAAUACGGCCCGAUAUGGAAGUUCUACCUUGGCGGCGAGCGUGUCGUUAUCGCAAACCAAGCUCACAUGGACGAGAUCUGUAACGAGGAGCGGUUCUCGAAAAUUAUAGCGGCAUCACUAGAACAGGUCCGCAACGGUGUUCACGAUGGUUUGUUCACAUCCUACGGACCACAAGAAGAGAACUGGGGUAUUGCGCAUCGCGUUCUGCUUCCUCAACUCGGCCCGCUCGCCAUUCGCAACAUGUUCAACGAGAUGCACGACAUUGCGUCGCAACUCGUCAUGAAGUGGGCAAGACACGGCCCUGAGCACACCAUACAUGUUACGGAUGACUUCACCCGGCUGACUCUCGACACCAUCGCCCUUUGCGCCAUGGACUAUCGUUUCAACUCCUACUACUACCAAAAGAUGCAUCCAUUCGUUGAUGCCAUGGCCGACUUCCUCAAGACCAGUGGAGACCGCGCAAGGCGAGACCCCAUCUCGCAGAUGUUCUACGGCGCCGAGUCGCAAAAGUACUGGAAAGACAUCGAACUGCUCCGCAAGACCAGUCUGGACGUCAUCAAGACGAGGAGAGAGAAUCCGACUGAUAAGAAAGACUUACUGAACGGCAUGUUGAAUGGUGUUGACUCCAAGACUGGCAAGAAGAUGACGGACGAGAACGUCAUUGACAACAUGAUCACCUUCUUGAUUGCUGGACAUGAGACAACAUCGGGCUUGCUAUCGUUCACCUUCUACUAUCUUCUCAAGAACCCUCAGGCGUAUGAGAAGGCGCAACAGGAAGUCGAUGAUGUGAUUGGCAAGGGCCCGAUUACUGUUGAUCACUUGACGAAGCUUCCCUACUUGAACGCUGUGCUCCGCGAGGCUCUUCGUCUUCAACCUACCGCGCCUUCGGUCGGAAUGACUGCCAAAGAAGACACCACGAUUGGAGGAAAGUAUGCAGUCAAGGCGGGCGUUCCUCUCGUUGCGUUGUUCCCGAUGGUCCACCGCGAUCCGGUCGCAUACGGUGAGGAUGCCGAGGAAUUCCGACCUGAGCGAAUGCUUGAUGCUGAGUUUGAGCGACGCAACAAAGAGUUCCCCAACUGCUGGAAGCCCUUUGGCAACGGCAUGCGAGCCUGCAUUGGAAGGCCAUUCGCCUGGCAAGAGGCCCUCUUGGUGCUUGCGAUCCUUCUCCAGAACUUUAACUUCACCAUGGAAGACGCGUCGUACCAACUCCAGAUCAAGCAGACGCUCACGAUCAAGCCCAAAGACUUCUACAUGCGCGCCCACCUCCGGAAUGGAAUCUCCGCGACAUCGCUCGAGCGCUCGUUGGCAUCGGCUACGCUCAACGACCCUCCUCCUGUGAAUGGCGCACCCGCUGUCAGGAAAGAGAAGACCACCAAGGGCAAGCCUAUGGCCAUUUACUACGGCUCCAACACCGGAACAUGCGAAGCGCUUGCUAACCGCCUUGCUGGCGACGCCGCAAACCAUGGGUUUAACGCAGAAGUUGUGGACACUCUGGACGCCGUGCGCGAGAGUAUCCCCACCGACAAGCCCAUUGUCAUCAUCACCGCAUCCUACGAGGGCGCGCCUACUGAUAAUGCCGCACACUUUGUCAACUGGAUCGGUACCCUAAAGGGCAAGGAGCUGGAGAAUGUCUCGUAUGCCGUCUUCGGAUGCGGUCACAAGGACUGGGCGAAGACAUUCCACAAGAUCCCCAAGUACCUGGACGCUACACUCGAAGAAAGAGGUGCGACUAAGAUGGUUUCGAUGGGUAGCACCGACGCUUCAUCAGGAGACAUCUUCACCGACUUUGAGACCUGGGAGGACCAAGUAUUGUGGCCCACCAUGCGCGAGAAGUACGGAUCAUCAGAGGCCGAUGGCGAAGGUUCGUUGGAGACAACACUUGACGUCGAAGUCACCGCUCCCAGGUCAUCUACGCUACGUCAAGAUGUUCGUGAGGCUCGUGUGGAGGAGAUCGAGGUACUCUCCGGCGGAGACGCAGGGCAGAAGAGACACAUCGAGAUCAGUCUCCCCUCGGACAUGACAUACUCAGCGGGCGACUACUUGGCUAUCCUGCCUUUGAACCCCAAGGAGAACAUCCAGCGCGCGAUGCGACACUUCGGGUUGAGCUGGGAUUCAAUGCUCACUAUCUCCUCAGCUGGCCCCACUACGCUUCCUACAGAUACACCCGUCAGUGCCAUCGAUGUCCUUGGCGCGUACGUAGAACUUGCUCAACCUGCCAGCAAGCGUAAUGUGCUUGCGCUUGUUGAAACUACACGCGACGAGGCCGAGAAGAAGGAACUGGCGCGUCUCGCGGAUGAAGCCUUCAGCUCUGAGAUCACCGCCAAACGCGUGUCGGUUCUCGAUCUCCUCGAGCGUUUCCCCUCGACUAAGCUGCCACUCGGCGUCUUCCUCAAGAUGCAGCCACCAAUGCGAGUGCGCCAGUACUCCAUCUCGUCGUCGCCUCUGUGGAACCCGAACAACGUCACCCUCACAUACUCUGUUGUCAACCAGCCCGCCCUCAGCGGUCAAGGCCAAUACGUGGGUGUAGCUACUAACUACCUCGCGAACCUUGCGCCGGGUGACAGGCUGCAUGUCAGCGUGCGCCCAUCGCACAAGGCCUUCCACCUACCCAAGGACUCCAAGAGCGUCCCUGUCAUCAUGAUGGCAGCCGGCACCGGUAUCGCCCCCUUCCGCGGCUUCAUCCAAGAGCGCGCCGCCCAGAUCGCUGCCGGCCGCAAGCUAGCGCCCGCCAUCCUCUUCUACGGCUGCCGCUCGCCAACCACGGAUCUCAUGUAUGCCGACCUACUCAAGCGCUGGGAAGACAUGGGCGCCGUCUCACUCCGCCUCGCCUUCUCGCGCAAGGCAGACGAGUCGCUUGGCUGCAAGUACGUCCAAGACCGUGUCUACCACGAUCGCGCCGACGUCAUCGAGCAGUUCGAGGCGGGCGCGAAGCUCUUUGUAUGCGGCUCGCGCGGCGUGGGCGACGGCGUGCAGGAGACGCUGAUUCGGAUCGCGAAGGAGCGGUUGAAGGAGAAGGAGGGGCGGGAGGCGGAUGACGCGAAGGCGAGGGAGUGGUUUGAGGGGCUCAGGAAUGAGAGGUUCGCUACCGACGUGUUCGAGUAG